AUGGGGGACAUCCCAGAGAUAGGGAGUAUUUCAAAGAGGCACGGGAUCCAGCCUGGAUGGACUAGAAAGUAUGAAGUACAACCUGAAGGCCCCAUCAGCAUAGACCCUGGUAAUGACUGUGAAGAUGUGGAAGACAACGAGAACACAGCAUUCACCUGGGAGGUGAAGGCCAACAACUGGGACUUUCACACCAAGUUCAAGGAGAAGUUCCUGUGCUGGCAGAAGAAAAAGUACAAGACCAACGCCAUCCACACAGCCAAGUAUAAUUUCUUCUCCUUCCUGCCACUGAACUUGUAUGAGCAGUUCCACCGUGUGUCCAACCUCUACUUCCUCCUCAUCAUUAUCCUGCAGGGCAUCCCGGAGAUCUCCACGCUGCCUUGGUUUACCCUCUUUGCACCAUUAGUCUGCCUCUUCCUUAUCCGGGCUACUCGAGACUUGGUGGAUGAUGUUGGGCGGCACAGGAGUGACCAUGCCAUCAACAACAGGCCGUGCCAGAUCCUGAGUGGAAAGAGCUUCACUUGGAGAAAGUGGAAACACAUACAAGUGGGAGACGUGGUGUGUCUGAGAAAGGACAGCAUAGUACCGGCCGACUUGCUCUUGCUAGCCAGCACAGAGCCCAGCAGCUUGUGCUACGUGGAGACAGCUGACAUUGAUGGGGAGACCAACUUGAAGUUCAGACAGGCGUUGACAGUCACCCAUCAAGAACUGACCAGUGCUACAAAGAUGGCGUCCUUCCAGGGCACUGUGAGGUGUGAGGACCCCAACAGCCAGAUGCACCAGUUUGUGGGGAGCUUGGAGUGGAACCACAGGAAAUAUCCCCUGGACAUUGGGAACCUGCUCCUGCGUGGCAGCAAGAUCCGCAACACUGAUGCCUGCUAUGGCCUGGUCAUCUAUGCUGGUGUUGACACAAAGAUCAUGCAGAACUGUGGCAAGAUCCACUUGAAGAGGACUAAGCUAGAUCUCCUCAUGAACAAGCUGGUGAUCCUGAUCUUUCUGUCUCUGGUGGCCAUCUCCUUGGCCUUGACCCUGGGCUUCAGUGUCAUGAUCAAAGACUUCAAAUGGAAGCACCACUAUCUGUCUGUCAAGCACACGAGGACGGAGAUUCUGGAGUCCUUCUUGAUUUUCUGGAGCUUCCUCAUCCUGCUCAGCACCGUGGUGCCCAUGUCUUUGUUUAUCAUAACGGAAUUCAUCUACCUGGGCCACAGCCUAUUCAUCAACUGGGAUGCGGGGAUGUACUACAAGCCGCUGGCCAUGCCCGCCAAGGCCCGUAGCACCAGCCUUAACGACCAGCUGGGCCAAGUGCAAUAUAUCUUCUCAGACAAGACGGGCACGCUCACACAGAAUGUCCUGACCUUCAAAAAAUGCUGUAUCAACGGCCACAUCUACGGUCCUGAGGAUGAGGAUGGGACCCCCCGUCAGGAGAUGCCCUACAUGUGGAAUGAAUUUGCAGAUGGAAAAUUCCUUUACUACAACAAGCAGCUACUACACACAGUGCGGCACAGACAGGAUGGAGUGGUGCAGGAGUUCUGGCGCCUGCUCGCCAUCUGCCACACGGUGAUGGCCCAGGAAGAAGACAACCAAUUGUUGUACCAGGCAGCUUCCCCUGAUGAGGAGGUGCUGGUUACUGCGGCCAGGAACUUGGGCUACGUGUUCAGGUCCCGCACUCAGGACACUAUCACGGUGCUGGAGCUGGGAGAGGAGCGUGUCUACCAGGUGCUCGCCAUGAUGGACUUCACCAGCGAUCGCAAGCGGAUGUCUGUGCUGGUCAGGAACCCCGAGGGUUCCAUCUGCCUCUACACCAAGGGCGCCGACACAGUCAUCUUGGAGCGCUUGUACAAGAGGGGUGAAAUGGAGGAGACCACAGAGGAAAUCUUGGCUGACUUUGCAGGGCAGACCUUGAGGACCCUGUGCCUGGCCUACAAGGAGGUGUCUGAGGAGGACUUUGAGGUAUGGGAGAGCCAGCACCACAGAGCCUGCCUCCUGCUACAAAACCGGGCACAGGCCUUGUACCAGGUGUACGACAAGAUGGAGCAGAACCUCCAGCUGCUGGGAGCCACAGCCAUUGAGGACAAGCUCCAGGAUGGGGUUCCAGAAGCCAUCAAGUGUCUUAAGGAAGCAAACGUGAAAGUGUGGAUGCUCACAGGGGAUAAGCAAGAGACAGCUGUGAACACUGGCUUUGCCUGCCAGCUGCUGACGGAGAACACGCUCAUUCUGGAGGACCAGGAGAUAAACUGCAUCUUGGAGACCUACUGGGAGAGCAACAAUAACCUUCUGUCCCCGGGGAGAAACUUGAAAUCCCUGCCCCAGAUCAACAUGGCCAUGGUCAUUAAUGGGGACUUUCUGGACCAGCUGCUUCUGUCAUGGCACAAGGAGCCCCAGGCCCUGGUCCAAAACGUGGUGAUGGACAAGACUUGGCAGGAACCUGGCCAGAUGAGGAGGGACUUCCGACAGGCUGUGGGGCUCUCCAGGAUGUGGCAGAAUUCCAGAUUCCCACUGGCGCUGGCCUCCCAUACCCAAGAGAGUCCCAAGGUGCGACGGGAGCGGGCCUUCGUGGACCUGGCCUCCAGGUGCCAGGUGGUCAUCUGCUGCCGUGUGACACCCAGGCAGAAGGCUCAGAUUGUGGCACUGGUGAAGAAAUACCGGCAAGCAGUCACGCUGGCCAUUGGAGACGGGGCCAAUGACGUCAACAUGAUCAAAACUGCUGACAUCGGUGUAGGGCUGGCGGGUCAGGAGGGUAUGCAGGCAGUGCAGAACAGUGACUACGUGCUGGCCCAGUUCUGCUUCCUGAAGCAGCUCCUGCUGGUUCACGGACGUCUCUCCUACGUGCGAAUCUCCAAGUUCCUCCGCUUCUUCUUCUACAAAACAGCAGCCUGCAUGAUGGGCCACAUUUGGUUCUCCUUCUACAAUGGCUUCACUGCCCAGCCCCUGUACGAAGGCUGGUUCCUGGCUCUCUUCAACCUGCUCUACACCAUCCUCCUGGUCUUCUACAUUGGGCUUUUUGAGAAGGAUGUGAGUGCUGAGCAGAGCCUGGACAUGCCCCGGCUGUAUAUGGCUGGCCAGAGAGAGGCACUUUUCAACUACCGGAUCUUCUUCCAAGCCAUUGCCCAUGGCACGGCCACCUCCCUGAUCAACUUCUUCAUGACACUGUGGAUCAGCCGAGACACAGCAGGGCCUGCCAGCCUUGGCGACUACCAGUCCUUCGCGGUGACAGUGGCCGUCUCAGGCUUGCUGUCCGUUAUCAUGGAGGCCAUCCUGGUCAUCAAAUACUGGAGCGUUCUGUGUGUCCUGGCUGUUUUCCUCAGCCUUGGCUUCUACGCAAUUAUGACAUUUUUCACCCAGAGCUUGUGGCUGUUCAGGAUCUCUCCAUCAACGUUCCCAUUUCUCUAUGCUGACUACACUGUGCUGACCCAGCCGUCCAAUCUGCUGGUGAUCCUGCUGAACAUGGCCACGACCACAUUACCCAUCCUGGCCUUCCGCGUCAUCCACCAGCAUUUCAGGGAGCUGCGCCCCAAGGAAGAGGAAGCCCUGAAGGAUGAAAUCUUCACCGUGGAACGCAUGCUUCAUUUGCGCCGGGCGGCUCCCACUCGGCGUUCCAGCUACGCCUUCUCCCACCGUGAGGGCUACGCAGACCUCAUCACGCGGGGUGCGAUCCUGAAGAAGUCUCCCAAGCUCCACAGAGAUUCCCCGGUCCCAUCUGAUGAAGAACAGCAGCCACACAGGAACACUAGGAAGACAUCUUUCGUGGUGAAGAAGAUUCAUCAGUCUUUGGGCAGUUAG